AUGCUGAGCAGUGAGUGGGCCGGGAAGGAGAGAGAGAUGGAACACCCGGAGAGUCCGAGAGGCGGCCGACUGCCAUGGGAGUGUUUCUCAGCCUGGCUGGACGGGGUGUGCGUGGUCACCUUCGACCUGGAGCUAGGUCAGGCGAUGGAGCUGGUGUACCCACAUAACACCCGGAUCACUGAGAAAGAGAAAACUAGUAUUUGCUACCUGUCCUUUCCAGACUCCUAUUCAGGGUGUCUGGGUGACACACAGUUCACGUUUCGAAUGCGUCGCUCUGCAGGCCAGAGAAGCCUAUUUCAAGGCGAUGAAAAGUACAAUAGAGGAGCUCCUGUUACAUUACAGAGAGAUCCUGCCCAUUACUAUGGAUAUGUAUACUUCAGACAAGUGAGAGACAGCUCUGUGAAAAGAGGUUACUUCCAAAAGUCUUUAGUUCUUCUUUCAAGUCUGCCAUAUACCAAUCUGUUCCACACACUUCUGCAGCUGAUUGCACCUGAAUACUUUAACAAACUGGAACCAUGUCUUGAAGCUGUAUGCAACCAGAUUGACCGCUGGCCAUUUCCAGAGCCAGGACUUUCACUGUCUCUACCAAUCAUGGGCCUUGUUCUACAGGUAUUAUGCCAGCAAUGGAUAGAUACCUGUGUUUCUGCUGAUUGUAUCUUGUAUUGUGAUCAGGACCGCCUGGAUCCUCCUUAUCACCUCUCCAGUAUCCAUGAGUUGGAUCUUUUCAGAUCCCUUCAGUCUGUACUGAUGAACCUCCAGUUGCUAUGGGAGUUGGUUUUACUUGGAGAGCCUUUGGUUGUUAUGGCACCUUCUCCGACCAUUUCCUCUGAAAUUGUACUGGCAUUAACUGGAUGCAUUUCGCCUCUAAAGUUUUGUUCAGACUUCCGUCCAUAUUUCACUAUCCAUGACAGUGAAUUCAAAGAAUAUACAACAAGGACACAGGCUCCACCCAGCCUUCUUCUAGGAGUCACCAAUCCUUUCUUCAUAAAAACUUUGCAGCAUUGGCCACACAUUCUACGAGUAGGAGAACCCAGGAUAUCUGGGGAUCUGCCAAAGCAAGUAAAACUGAAGAAGCUAACAAAGCUAAAGACACUGGAUACUAAAACUGGAAUGUACACUUCCUACAAGCCGUUUCUUCAUAAGGACAAGACACUUAUCAAACAAUUGCUAAAGGGUCUUCAGAAGAGGCUCCCAUCUUCCACGCUGAGUUUAUUGCUCCAGAAACAUCUGUUUGAGCUUACACAAAGCUUCAUGCUUCCACUGGUGAGGCACUCAGCUUUUGUUUGGUAUUAUGAUUAUUUUUACAUUAUUUUGAUGUUUUCAUUCUCCUUUAGGAGCGGUACAUUGGUAGUCUGA